GACGACAGACGACUUACGACAUCUGUGCAUACAUUCUACCCUGGCGUUACAAGCGCCAUGCUCUACCAACUGUGCUACAGAAGGACCACUUGUAUAUAAUCUAUAUGUACUUUUGAUCCCUCAUGUGCUUUCUGUAUUGAUUUGUUGUUAAUAAAAAAAAUAAUAAUAAUAAUUUAAAAAACAACAACACCGGACUUCCUGGAACCGCGCAAGGCUUUGUGGGGCUUGUAGACUCCGUCCGGGUCAACUCGGGAGCUGCUAAACCCGGUAUGAGAUGUGAUGCUUUGGAGGAAAAUAAACGCGUUUUUGUGAGAGAAAAAAACAACAACAACAUGGAAAUUCACUUCCUGCCAAGUUUGUUGUUGUUGUCUUUCAUAGCCACCGCUUUCGGCGACGGUGGUGAGCUGACGUUAGUUCAGGAGUUGUCCUCCAAGCCGGCCCAGAAGCUGUCAAGAUACGGUUGGUAUGGCAACAACAGGCUGACCAUGUUCCAUAUCCCGGACGACACCGUCGUCGCCCGCUGGCUGUUCACUGUAACCAGGGGCAGCGGUUUCAACUGUGGAACACACAACGUCACCAUGUACAUGCGUUGGGGAGCUCCUCCAGUCAUUGACCCAGUAGGACGGCUGUUUCCUAACAACACUGUGACAUCACCAGUCCUCUCGCUCAACCUGCCCAUGACAUCAUCACAAAGCAACACAACCUUUAACCUCUCUAACCCCGCCCCCGGAGACUGGUACCUGGCGGCUCACCUGCCCCGAGACGAUGGACGCAUCGAACACAAGGGAUUCCCGUCCUGCUCUUACCUCUUCCAGCCCCAGCUGUCAGUCAGGAGAGCAGUGGACACACCCAUCCUCCAGGCCACGCCCCUAACCCAGAGCGCCUCCCCCAACAGACCUGCACGACUCAGGGUGUUUGUUCCAGAGUUCGUGUCGUCUCUCUCGGUGUCUGUGAGUGGCUGUACCUGGGGGGAGGGACUUGUGAACGGAGCCUGUUCAUUGUCCCUCACGCUGGGCUCCUCCUCCCCCCAGGGGGGGCUUGUGAGGGUGAACUGUUCUCUGAUUGGCUGCUCGGCCGUUCUCCUCGCUCCCCCAUGGAAUACUUGGAUACGAGUCACCGUGGAUAGUUACCAUAGCAACCGAACCACAGCCUUCAGCAUCUCAGUCAACUACACAGUGGGUUGUAAGCCUCAGAGCGUGGGUAUGUCUGGAGACGAUUUCAUUAACAGGCUCCAUGGCAACAGCAGCACGACAACAUCACCAGGCAACGGUUCUGUGGUUGCCGAGGCAGGUCGUCAUAACAACGUGUCGUCGGAGUGUGUGUGGAGUGUCCCAGUGCUCCGUGAGGAACUAGACGUUCUGUCUGUCCGGUUCUCUCCCAUUAAUGGACCUAAUGUAACGGUCACACACACACACCCCACGCUCCUCACCUACCCCCUCAACACACAGUCUACUGGAGGGACCUUGAACCUGGAGAUUACACUCAACACUACUAAUGCAACGUUAGGAAACAGCAGUGUGAUGGCCUGUCUCUCUUCCUGGGCUCCUGUCCUCGCACUCAACUACUCCCAUCCCUGUCACACAGGGUGGUUGUCCGUGAACGUCAGUGUUCCUGGGACCGUCAUCAGACUUCCCUUCCCUCAGGCUGCUACCUGGUACCUCACCUUACAACUCUUCUGCAACAGUAGUGACUGUGGUAACGUGACAGUAACACCACAGCUCCAUGUAUCAGCCUGUAUCGAGGACUGUGGGACCUAUGGAGAGUGUCGACUGUUGAGGUCCUUCAGCUAUCUCUACGCUGCCUGUGUCUGCAAAGCCGGUUGGAGUGGGUGGGGCUGUACUGAUGACAUCACAGCCCAGUCGUACGGUCGUCAGCUGACAGCAGUUCUACUGCUCACGCUCAGUAACCUCCUCUUCAUCCCGCCCAUCGUCAUCGCUGUCCGACGCUGUUACAUCACUGAGGCCUCUGUCUACCUCUUUACCAUGUUCUUCUCUACUUUCUACCAUGCAUGUGACCAGCCUGGUUUAACAGUGAUGUGUAUCAUGGAUUACGACACUCUCCAGUACUGUGACUUCCUGGGUUCAGUCUGUUCUAUCUGGGUCACUGUUCUCUGCAUGGCCCGAGUCAGAGACACAUUCAAACACAUGCUGUUCAUGCUCGGUACUCUGCUGAUAGCGAUGUCCAUGCAGCUGGACCGGAGAGGACUGUGGAACAUGCUGGGACCCAUCCUCUGUGCUGUACUGGCCAUGGUGACCUCCUGGGUGUAUCGAGGGCUGAAGAGGAAACAGUGCUACCCCCCCUCUUGGCGGCGUUGGGUACUGUUUCUCCUCCCAGGCCUGGCCUCAGCGCUGGUCGGUGUGUGUGUGUACGUGUUUGCUGAGACGGAGGACAACUACCUGUACACACACUCUCUAUGGCACGUCCUGGUUGCCUCUAGUGUGGUGUUCCUUCUGCCUCCCAGAGAGACAGACUCCAUGAACACCUGGAGCCCUGGAGUCUGUGGUUACACACUCUGUCACAGCACCAAGGAGGAACUAUAUACUGUUACCUGACCUCUGACCCUGGACCUGUGGAGACCAACACUGUCACAUAGGUUUAAGGCUGUGACCAUACCAGUAUUGACAGAUUUGUUUUCCAUGACAAAAAUGAAUAUCUGAAACAGACAACUCUUUUGUCCUUUAAUAACCUGCUGGAUGUAGAAUCUAGUGUUUUAUAGCCUGGAAAAACAUUAAUGAAAACAUAAUGAUGUUUAGUAACCUGCUGGAUGUAAAAUCUAGUGUUUUAUAGCCUGGAAAAACAUUAAUGAAAACAUAAUGAAUAACCUGCUGGAUGUAAAAUCUAGUGUUUUAUAGCCUGGAAAAACAUUAAUGUAAACAUAAUGAUGUUUAGUAACCUGCUGGAUGUAAAAUCUAGUGUUUUAUAGCCUGGAAAAACAUUAAUGAAAACAUAAUGAUGUUUAGUAACCUGCUGGAUGUAAAAUCUAGUGUUUUAUAGCCUGGAAAAACAUUAAUGAAAACAUAAUGAUGUUUAGUAACCUGCUGGAUGUAAAAUCUAGUGUUUUAUAGCCUGGAAAAACAUUAAUGAAAACAUAAUGAUGCUGAAUAACCUGCUGGAUGUAAAAUCUAGUGUUUUAUAGCCUGGAAAAACAUUAAUGAAAACAUAAUGAUGUUUAGUAACCUGCUAGAUGUCAAAUCUAGUGUUUUAUAGCCUGGAAAAACAUUAAUGAAAACAUAAUGAUGCUGAAUAACCUGCUGGAUGUAAAAUCUAGUGUUUUAUAGCCUGGAAAAACAUUAAUGAAAACAUAAUGAUGUUUCCAAUAUUAGGGCUGUUUUCCUAAAGAAGUUACAUCCUCUUGGUGUUUCCUUGAUACUAUGAAUUAAUCCUGGUGUGGUCCCAGCUCUGCUAGCUGUAUGUUGGUGUGUGUAUAUAAUCCUGGUGUGGUCCCAGCUCUGCUAGCUGUAUGUUGGUGUGUGUAUAUAAUCCUGGUGUGGUCCCAGUAUGUAUAUAUAUAUAUGACAUAUAUUUCUGGUCAAGGAUAUGAAUGUUUUCAUAAUAAUAUAUUUAUAUGACAUCACUGCCUGCUAAUCCAUCAUGUCUUGCCCCUCCCUCUUCCUCCUUUCCUCCUCGUCCUCCUCUAGUUUAGAUUCACUACUAGAUAGAGGAAGACUGCUAGUAAAAGCAGGGGUGAGUGUAAUUAACAGAAACAGAAGUGUUUCGGGCCUCCAGAACCAGAACUGAACAGCCCUGAGUAAUGUGUGUGUAGUUUGGAGGAAGUUAAAAGGCGUUUCAGGAGUCAAUGCUAACUAGCAUUAGCAGAAUGAGUGGAGGUCUAGCGAGUCAAUGCUAACUAGCAUUAGCAGAAUGAGUAGUUUGGAGGAAGUUAAAAGGCGUUUCAGGAGUCAAUGCUAACUAGCAUUAGCAGAAUGAGUGGAGGUCUAGCGAGUCAAUGCUAACUAGCAUUAGCAGAAUGAGUGGAGGUCUAGCGAGUCAAUG